AUGGUUGGCCACCCCAAGCAUGUGCACAAAGCCUGCCAGGCUGGUGCUGAUAUCAUCAUCGCGCAAGGAGGCGAAGCCGGUGGCCACACUGGCGAUAUUGCAACGAGUGUACUGAUCCCAGCAUGUGCGGACGUGUGCAAACAGUACAAAUCACCGAUAACUGGAAACCCUGUCACGCUCGUCGCAGCAGGCGGCAUCAACGACGGCCGAAGCGUGGCCGCGGCACUGAUGCUAGGCGCGAGUGGCGUGUGGGUUGGGACGAGAUUCAUUCCGUCGGUGGAGAGUAAGGCGCCGAAGAGUUUCAAGGAAGAGGUCAUCAAGGCCAAUUACGAUUCGUGGAUCAAAAGCACGAUAUGGUCUGGUCGACCGCUACGCGCGCUCAGCAACCCGUACCUACUUGAUUGGGAGCAGAAUCGACAAGCGGAGAUCAAGGAACUUACGUCGAGAGGUGUGGUACCGCUACCAUAUGAGCUUGACAGGCUGCACAAGGAGGGGAAGUUGACUGAUGAGAUUGAAGAUGCCGCAGCGAUGCGACCUAUCGGAGUAGUUGGAGGGUCCGUGAAUAAGGCCAAUCAGACAGCGGCGGAGAUCGUGGCUGAGAUGGUCAAAGAAACUGAAAUCGCCUUGAACAGCGCAGCCCUGUUUAUCAAUCCAGCGUCGAAGUUGUAG